AUGGCAUGGGAUCAGCUGAAAUCUGCACAGUGUGUGACAAAAGUGACCCCACUUGACCCUGAUACCCCAGUUUCUGAAGAUAAAAUCCGGUUUGUGUGUCUGUCUGACACACAUGGCAUGGUGGAGAAACUGGAGAACUUUGUGCCUCCUGGCGAUGUGUUACUGCACGCGGGUGACAUCACACGGUUGGGAUUUCCCAGCAAGUUACAGGAAUUUAAUGACUUCUUAGGUUG